AUGCCACCCCACAUGGAGGAGGGCUUUUCAAAUGCGCUAGCCUUUUCCAAUCUCAUGCGACGCAAUGCACAUGCAGGUCAUGUUCCUCGUCUAAAUUAUACUAUGAGCAGCUUGGCCCGCAUGGGCAAGGCUUACAGGCAAAAGAAGUUCUCGGAGCUUAUUAGAUGUUCAGAAGAAGUCAUUGAAACGAUUGAACUUGAUGACAUAAAGUUCUCCGUAGUAGGAAUUCCUGGCCGAAGUGGCCUGUCUACUGAACAGCGUAAAAGGUUAACUAUUGCAGUGGAGCUUGUUUCAAAUCCAUCAAUAGUAUUUAUGGAUGAACCAACAUCAGGUUUAGAUACUAAAACAGCUGCAAUUGUCAUGCGUGCGUCGAAGAACGUAGUCGCCACAGAAAGAAAAUCAGCUGAGCAUUGA